GCGGCCCAGGUCUGGCCCCACCGCCCUUGGCCGCCCCGCGCCUGCAGCCAUGGGGAGCCAGCAGGACUUCCGGAGCCUUCAAGCAAAAUUUCAGGCCUCUCUGCCUGAGACCAGCGACCUGCCCAGGAAACCCCCAAAGCCGGAACUCAACAAACUCAAGAAGCCCCCCCAGCCUGAGCACAGCGCAGUGCCCAGGAAGCCGCCCCAGCCCGAGUUCGCCGACCUGCCCCCACGGCCCCCCAAACCCGAGUUCGGCGCACUCGCCCACAGGUUCCCACAGCUGGAGGCCACCCUAUCCCCCAGGGCGCCCCCACUGGCCGAGGCCUGGCAGCCCGCGCCCAGCGCGCUUGUCCACCAGCCCCGGAAGCCCGAGCUCAGCAGCACUCCCCAGCCCCCUGCAGACUCCAAGGCCAGUGUGCCCCCCAGGAGGUCCCAGCAGCCUGAGCCCAGUGAGGCCACUCUGAAGCCCGCACAGCUGGAGCGCAGUGCCUCGCCCGGGAAGCCCCCACAGCCCGAGUUUUGUGCACCCCGCAAAAAGCCCUCCCAGUCUCAGGUGGGGGGGCUCCCGGGGAAGUCCCUGCCACAGCCCCAGUCCAGCGAGGUCCCCAAGGCCCCCCCGGGGGUGCCGGAGCCCAGCGAACCCCAGCCCCACGCCCUGAGGCCCGUGGCCAGCGCCCACCCCAAGAAGCCCCUGCUACCCGAGUUCAACCUCGGAGGGCCCCCGCAGGCUCAGGCCAGUGGCCACCCUAGGACGGCUCUGCCACAGCCCGAGUUCAGCAAGGCCCCUCAGAUGCCGCCCUGGAAGUGCGAGUUAAGUGAACCCCACCCCCACCCCUCACAGCCCAGCCUCAGUGCAUUUCCCAGAAAGCCCCCACAGCUUCAGCUGAGUGACCCCAAGAAGCACCCCCAGCCUGAGGCCGGUGACCUUACCAGGACAUGCUCAAAGCCUGAAGUCAGCUCGUUUCCCAAGAAGCUGCAGCAGCCCGAAUUCAAAGCACCCCAGAAGCAAAGCCCCCAGUCCAAGCCGGGUGGCCUCCCCAGGACCUCCUCCGAGCCUGAGUUCUGUGUGCACCCCAGGAAGUCUCCACAGCCCAGGCAGCACCCUCAGGCCGCGUUCUUCACUGACCUGCCCAGAAAGCCCCCACUGCCCGGCUCGGCUUCCGAGAGCUCACUGCCCACGGCCACCGCAGGCCCCCGCGCCAGGCUGCCGCUCAGCCUGGGGCUUGGAGCCGGGCGCCAGCGGGCAGGCGCGCUUGCCUGCAGAAGCGGGUGGACGCGGGGCCUCACGCCUGGCCACGCGCCCCGGCGGCGACCUCUGCCUCCGGCCAGCAGCCUGGGACCCCCUCCCGCCAAGCCCCCGCCGCCCCCAGGCCCUGUGGAUCUCCAGAGUUUACGGAGUCCCGCGGCCUCAGCUCUCAGGAGAACCCGCUCUUCUGCUGGGGUCCUCUUCCAGGUCAGACAGCCCGAAGACGCCCCUGGGGACCUGGAGGAGGUCUACGAGGUGUACGAUGACGUGGAGCCCACGGAGGACUCCAGACACAGCCCCAAGGGCAGAGAUGAAGGGUCACCCGCCUGGCAACCCCCCCGGAAGUCACCAAGUGUGGACCUCAGGAAGGAGAAGGCCCCCCAACAGCAGCAGUUGACAUCUGCAGACCAAAAGACCCUGAAGCAGAUCAGAAAGGCCGAGAAGGCUGAAAGGGAGUUCCGGAAGAAGUUUAAGUUUGAGGGGGAGAUUGUAAUCCAGACAAAGAUGAUGAUCGACCCCAAUGCCAAGACCCGCCGCGGGGGGGGCAAGCACCUGGGGAUCCGGCGCGGGGAGAUUCUGGAGGUGAUAGAAUUCACCAGCGACCAGGAGAUGCUCUGCCGUGACGCCAAGGGCAAGUAUGGCUAUGUGCCCAGAACCGCCCUCCUGCCCCUGGAGACAGAGGUGUAUGACGACGUCGGCUCCUGGGGUAUGUAGGUCGCUCCGGUGCUUAGAAGGGACCACAACACCUCUGCGUGGGAGCCGCAAGAGAGCCGACCAUUCCACGUGGGGCGAUGAGGCCCAGGGAUGGGGACCAUGGCAACCCACCAGCCAGCCACCCCC